GGGGCUAGCCUAAUUAAUUUAUCAUGGGCGUCAGAAUUUUGCCCACAAGACGAGUUAGUAAAACCGUGCGUAUGCGAAAAGGAUCCUGAUACAAACCAACUGACCUUGGUCUGUGACGAGUAUUGGAUCCGUAACGAUGAAUUCGAUGCACUAUUCAAGCGUUUGAGUGGUCGAGGUCUCAAUUUUCACGAGCUCAUCAUAGGCCAAACCAAGAUCUAUGAGCUAGGUCCCAACCAGUUUCAGGAUGUGCAGUUUGAAAAGAUUACACUCGACAAUCUUAACAAGGUUGAAAGAAUUCACAAGCUGGCUUUCAAUGGAACCGCGAACAAUUUGAUCUCGUUCAAAAGUCGAGAUGCACCCCUGGGCUACUCGACACAGCCGCCCAAUUACAACAUAUACCAGGCGUUGAGUGCGUGCCAUAAUUUACGGUACAUUGACAUCGAGGGGAGCGGCUAUUUGAGCCAGGUGGACGAUCACGCGUUUGAGUCGCUAAGAAAAUUGCGCCUGCUCAAAAUAACACGCAGUGGACUGCGCAAGAUUGGCAAAAACGUGCUGAUACAAAGUGUACGGGAAUCGGACAUCGUGGUCGAUUUUAGCAAAAAUAAAAUCAACGAGAUUGCUAACGAUGCUUUUAACAAUCAACGUGGGUUCUUCUUGAACGUAUCGUAUAAUAAGCUGACCGAGGUGACAUUUCACAAGGAUGUUUUCCACAUUGACUUCUUUGCCCCGGAGGUCAGCCUUGAUAUACGCGGCAAUGCGUUCAAACAUCUGCCUGAAGCCACGUUCCAGUGGUUACUUAAGUUGGAUGUACUCAAAACAGGGCCCCGUGUGUUGGCCGACCCCCUGGACUGCCAGUCGUGCGCCAAUUGGUGGCUAUUCAGCGAUGAUAAGUACGCCCGACAUUUCCCCGCCUUUAAGUGCGCCGACGGAAUUAUGCCUCCUACGUCCUUAUACGUUAGGUUCCGGGUUUGGGUAUGCGAUUUUGGGCAUUGGCUUGACUUCAGCUUGGUGGCCAUGGCAUCAGUGGAGCGCUCGGGUAUACCCUGGGUAUGGGUUUUCAGUUAUAAUCCAUUGUUUCAGUUGUACGACGAGCGCACACCUUAUCCCGGCUCAGCCAAUAAACCAGGCAAAUUGAUCUAUGUGGGAUUAGGCUCACUGUACGUGUUACCGGGUGCUAAUAUGUGGGGCGAGCGGUAUGUGCCUCAGAUACAGGUGUUGCCAAUAGUGGAUCUGGUAGUAACCCAUGGUGGUAAUAAUACGGUUACUGAGACUUUAUAUUACGUACGUGCACUGCCCUCAUCCUCAACUGCUUUAUCAAAUGCAUCAUCGUCAUCAUUCUUAGCUUUAUUGAUCCGUUUAGCCUCGGGUUCAGCUUCAUUGAAAGCGCUAUUCAUUCCGGUGGACGGUAUCGGACACGUGAACGCAUGCAUUGGUAUCGCUGAACAGCUAAUAACGGCCAGACAUCGGGUGUCGUUCCUUAUGAACACCCAAUGGGAGGGCAAACUCAAACACUACGGUAUCGACGAAAUACUAUACCCGCCACUACAGGGACGUCAAGCCGGUAGCAACGCGGCGCUGGACGGGGCAAAUAUGUUGCGAAGUUUUGGCAUUAUUGGUUCAGCCGGGCCACUUGAUACCAUGGUGGCCUGGAUGACCAAGUUGGUCCCAUAUUGCAUAAGGGAUUCACGGCUUAUGGACCCUAUUGUUGAUAAGGCUUACGCCGAUUUACAGCCCGAUGUAAUAUUUAUUGAUCAGGUGGUGGCCAUGGCCUCAGUGGAGCGUUCGGGUAUACCCUGGGUAUGGGUUAGCAGUUAUAAUCCAUUGUUUCAGUUGUACGACGAGCGCACACCACCUCCCGGCUCAGGUUUAGCAGCCAAUGGUGACCGUAAAGAGUGGGCGCACUUCAGGCACAUCGUAAACGAUGCCAUUAAAGACAUAUGGCGUGAGUUUAAUGACUAUUUUGUGAGCAAUGGUUUACCACCGCUUGAUUACGGCCAGUAUGUGCGCCAACCGACACAUCUACACAUAUACCCACUGCCCGUUGAACUGGACUACACAGACCUGAGACCAGUGCCCGAUAGCGUGACCAACUCCAGUUUUAGAAAAAGAGAAUUUUUGACUAAUUUUCUCGGAAUUUUAGAGGACAAAUAGAGGACACA